CCUCCUCGGUCAUGCCCUGUUGCUGCCAUGUGCGCCCUCUCUCUCCCCCCGUAGCCCCACCCCCUCGCCAGGCCUCCCCUUCUAGCGUCCUCCUCUAGGGCCUGAUCGCGGAGCCGAGGCUGGCUCCCGCCUCCAACUGCCCUGCUGGAGCGGCUGCCUCCUCGCCGCCAGAGUCUAAAUGUCAGUAGCGUAGGUGCGAGGCGUCCGUGUGGCUGCUCCGUGUGGUGCCGACCCUUGUGUAGUGUGGUGCUGUCCCCCUGUGUAGUGUGCUGCCGCCCCUUAUAGUGCAGGUUAUUGUGUGCAUGAGAGGAUCGGUGCUCGACCCCGUCCCCUCGCUCUCGAAAAAUAAGUCUUUGUCAGCCCCGUCAGCCCCGUCAGCCCCGGCGUACCGAGCCCCGCCUGUCACAUCUGUCCUCUGCCCGGCUUACGCAGCCUGCUAAGCCGCCCCUUCUCUGCCGUAGCGUCCUUCCGCCCACCCCCGCUCGGCCCAGGGGUCCUCCGCCUCCCCCGCUCGGCCCCGGGGUCCUCCGCCGCCCAGCACUGUGGCCCGUCCGACCCCUGGGUCAUGGGAGGGCCGAGAGAGCCUCCUUUGGGAGUCGCCGUCGCCUUGCCGCUCUCCUGCAGGACUCCCUUGACCUCGGCUCGAAGGAGCGCCGUCACCAGGUCCUCCGCGGUGAACAUGGCGUCUCCCCAAGCCCCAGGGAACCCCAGCGCCACCCAGCGCCCCUUCAGGAACCCGUCCUUCCGAGCGCUCCUCACCGCCUGUAUCG